AUGCCACUGGCUAGAUCACUGUCCAUGACCUCUCUUAAUGGGCUUCCUCAGUGGGAGGAUGAAGACCUACCAGUGGAGGAUUUGUUGCUCUUUGAAGUUUCUUGGGAAGUUACCAACAAAGUGGGAGGCAUUUACACUGUGAUCCAGACAAAGGCCAAAAUUACAGCAGAUGAAUGGGGUGAAAACUAUUUUCUGAUUGGUCCCUAUUUUGAGCACAAUGUGAAGACUCAGGUGGAAGCAUGUGAGCCUCCAAACUCGGCAGUUAAGAAGGCAAUGGACACCAUGAAAAGCCAAGGGUGUCAGGUCUUUUUUGGAAGAUGGCUGAUAGAAGGCAGUCCAUAUGUCUUGUUGUUUGAUAUAGGAUCAGCAGCCUGGAAUUUGGAUAGAUGGAAAGGCGAAUUUUGGGAUGUUAGUAACAUUGGGAUCCCUUUUCAUGACCGAGAAGCCAAUGAUGCUGUGAUUUUUGGAUCAUUAACAGCCUGGUUUUUGAAAGAGCUUUCCUCUCAGUUUGAUGACAAGCCCAACAUAAUUGCUCACUUCCAUGAAUGGCAGGCAGGAGUGGGUUUAAUACUGUCUCGAUCUCAGAAACUUCCUGUUGCCACAAUUUUUACUACCCAUGCCACUCUUCUUGGGAGAUACCUGUGUGCAGCCAGUAUAGAUUUUUACAACAACCUUGACCAGUUUGACAUUGACAAAGAAGCAGGAGAGAGACAGAUUUACCAUCGGUAUUGUAUGGAACGGGCAUCCGUACAUUGCGCCCAUGUGUUCACCACAGUCUCACAGAUAACGGCUAUAGAAGCAGAACACAUGCUUAAAAGAAAUCCUGAUGUUGUCACCCCAAAUGGCUUGAACAUUAAGAAAUUUUCAGCAAUGCAUGAGUUUCAGAAUUUGCAUUCCAUGUACAAGGCUAGGAUCCAAGAGUUCAUUCGAGGUCAUUUCUAUGGCCACCUUGACUUCAGUCUUGAAAAGACAUUAUUUUUCUUCAUUGCUGGGAGAUACGAAUUUUCCAACAAAGGAGCUGAUAUGUUUCUAGAAGCCUUAUCAAGAUUAAACUUUUUGCUGAGGGUACACAAGAGUGAUGUUACGGUUGUUGUGUUCUUCAUUAUGCCUGCAAAGACAAACAAUUUCAAUGUGGAAACCCUGAAAGGACAAGCAGUCCGGAAGCAGCUCUGGGACACUGCACAAUCUGUGAAAGAAAAGUUUGGAAAGAAACUCUACAAUGCCUUGCUAAAAGGAGAAAUUCCAGACUUGAACAAGAUUCUUGACCGGGAUGAUAUAACCAUUAUGAAAAGAGCCAUCUUUUCAACUCAGCGACAUUGUCUGCCUCCAGUGACCACCCACAACAUGAUUGAUGAUGGCAAUGAUCCAAUCCUCAAUACCAUUCGACGCAUUGGCCUUUUCAAUAACCGGACAGACAGAGUAAAGGUGAUCCUACAUCCAGAGUUUCUUUCUUCAACCAGCCCAUUGCUGCCCUUGGACUAUGAGGAGUUUGUUAGAGGCUGUCACCUGGGUGUGUUUCCAUCAUACUAUGAACCCUGGGGUUACACUCCAGCUGAAUGUACUGUGAUGGGCAUUCCCAGUGUGACCACAAACCUUUCUGGAUUCGGCUGUUUUAUGCAGGAACAUGUUGCUGACCCAGCUGCUUAUGGGAUCUACAUAGUUGACAGGAGGUUCCGCUCACCUGAUGAAUCAUGCAACCAGCUGACUCAGUUCCUGUAUGGAUUUUGUCAGCAGUCCCGUCGCCAGAGGAUCAUCCAAAGAAACCGAACUGAGAGGCUUUCAGAUCUGUUGGACUGGAGAUACCUAGGCAGGUAUUACAUGCAUGCCAGACACUUGGCCCUCAGCAGAACAUUCCCUGAUAAAUUUGAGAUGGAACCAAGUGCUCCACCAAAGACGGAAGGUUUCAGGUACCCCAGACCUUCAUCAGUGCCACCAUCACCUUCUGUCUCUCAGCAUUCCAGCCCUCACCACAGUGAAGGCGAAGAUGAAGAUGAGGAUGAAAGAUAUGAUGAGGAUGAAGAGGCUGAAAGGGAUAGGCAAAACAUCAAAUCUCCCUUUUCCCUUGGAGUAUUACCUCAAGGAAAGACGAAGCAGCAUGGAGAGUACAGGAACUGA